AUAGUAUUUUAAUAAAAAUAGCGCCCUGUCGCAUCGGAUGGAUGAUCUCCAACAUGGCUGACGGCACAAAAAGGUGACACCAGUUGAGAAGCAUUGCAGACGAAUUAAUGUCUCGAUAAUUGUGGGGGACAAGCGUUAUUCGAUCUAUCAUCAUCAUAAUGAGGCACCCAUUCCUGUCACAAUUACCUGACUGAACAACGUCACUCCAGUGAAACCGUGAUGCUUACGAUCACGGAAACUAUGAAUUGGGUAGGCAGGUCUAUACACGCAAAACAAUACCCUGGUUUAUGUACUCGGUGUUUAUUUCCUGAGGUUUGAUUGUCCGCAGAAGAUUCAACGUCACUGUGACGACAGGUUCGGUCCCACGCAGGUUACUCUCAUGAAAUGAGAAUAAUAUAAAUCGAUGAGCUACCUGCUCUUUCCUAUGUCCAAUUACAACUACUUCAAAUCUACGGAUCGUCAACAAAGCCGAGAAACAGACCAUUAUCGGACGUACAAAGCCGGAAGACAUAGCACAAUGUCAUCUCAGUUUCAGCCUGGCCAUCGUGUCCCUAUUCAGCACCUGGAGAAGCCUGGAUUACAGGCAGAUCUAAAAGAAGCCCCUGUGUCAACUCAUCUUCCGACAGAGGAUGGUGGAUACCAACUUUACAAGGCAGCUGGAAAGUUAGAUGGUAAAAGAGCCAUCAUUACUGGUGGUGACUCAGGAAUCGGGCGCGCCAUUGCUAUACUUUUUGCGAUGGAAGGAGCGUCGAGUCUCAUCGUGUAUUUGCCAGAGGAAGAAAAAGAUGCACAGGAAACCAAGAAACAGGUCCAAGAAGCCGGCCGUGAAUGUCAUUGCUUGGCUAUUGACCUUCGAAAAAAAGAGAACUGCAAAAAGAUAAUCGAUGUGGCUUUGCAGUCCCUUGGUGGAAUCGACAUACUCGUCAACAAUGCUGCGUUUCAGCACAUGCUUAGCGACAUCAGUGAAUUGUCCGAAGAUCAGUGGGAAAGGACGUUCGAUACCAACAUUCAUCCGUUCUUUUAUCUUUCCAAGUACGCCCUGCCUCACAUGAAAAGGGGCUCAACUAUAAUCAAUUGCUCUUCGGUUAACCAUUACAUUGGUCGGCCUGAUCUCCUUGAUUAUACGUCAACCAAGGGAGCCAUUGUAGCGUUUACGCGAGGUCUUUCAAAUCAACAAGUUGGUAAAGGCAUAAGAGUCAAUUGUGUCUGCCCUGGUCCAAUCUGGACUCCUCUCAUUCCUUCGACAAUGCAUACGUCUGCAAUGGAGCAGUUUCACACCGUGCCAAUCGGUCGCCCAGGGCAGCCCAGUGAAGUUGCUACAUGCUUCGUUUUCCUUGCAAGUCAGGACAGCAGUUUCAUCUCUGGCCAAUGCUUGCACCCCAACGGCGGCGUCGUGGUUAAUGGAUGAUUGAAAUUCAGAUAUAUUAGAUUAAUUGAAUAAAUGC